AUGGCAACGACCGAUGUCCAUGACGAAAUGCAGCACGCAUCAUUCGGGGGACAGUCACAUAUGGCAACAACCGAUGUCCAUGACCUGAUCCUGCCAAUAUUUCAACCGACUCCGCAAACGCAGGCCUUCGAACCGGCUGAGGGGCAAUUUGGGACUAGCGGCAUGGGAACAUUCCACGAAGCUUGUCAACCAAUGGAAUUUGUUCACUCAUCGGAUAUGGAAUUACAAAAUCCGUUACAAUCAACACCAGCUGUGGAAAGACAGGAAUCGAUACUGCAUGGUCCUUAUGCUAUGCCAAUGAUGACACAGAACCAGCAUAUGAUUAAUGGUCACUAUCCGGUUACACUGCCGUCCUUCGCAGCAUAA